AGGCAGCAAGAGAAUAGAAAGGGAGAGAGAAGGAGAGAAUGUAUAGUGAACGGCAAGCGUUUCCUUGUUCAUGUCCUGGGCCUUUGUGAAUAAACCAUGGGAUGUAUUGGCUCACGAACCCUCAGGUCAUGGAGGAUCCAGAGCCUAUCCUGGGAACACUGGGUGCAAGCUGCAGAUGGGGUUCCAGUACAAAAGGAUGGGGAACAGCAUGGCCGAACAGACUUUUCAUGGGAUGGAAUCAAUCUAUCCAUGGAGGACACGACCACUAUGUUGCCCCGGCUAAAGAAGCGGAAUUCCAACGCCUACAGCAUUGGUGCUCUGGCUAAGUCCUCACUGACAGGUGUGUCAGGAGUGACUCGGUCUAUGAAGGACAAGGUAACAAAGCCAACAGCCAUGGCGCAGGGCCGUGUGGCCCAUAUGAUAGAGUGGCAGAACUGGGGAAUGCAGACAGUUGGAGCAGGAGGGUCUAGUGGCGGCCGAAUCUCCACCCGUCAUCUUCAGCAAGAGCGCAAGCUGGAGAACGACGCCUACAGUGACCUUAGCGAUGGAGAGAAAGAGGCACGCUUCGCAGCAGGUGUUAUGCAACAGUUUGCAAUAUCCGAGGCCACUUUGCUAGCUUGGAACUCCAUGGAUGGAGAAAGCAUGAGUGCAGGCUCCAACCAAGGCAGUGUUGCCCAUCUAAGCGAGGCCAAUCAGGAGAGCAUCACCAGCCGAGACCAGAUAUUACACCACUCCUCUGCAGAGGUGUGGCCUCACACCUACGUCUCACAGGGCCUCUACUGCCUCUCCUCUUCAGAUGCUUGGGAGCCAAUCAGCAACGAGCAGUCAGGAGUGGCCUCUCCAGCCACAGGUUCCUAUGUUAUGGCUGGCGGAGCUUCCUGUGAUAACGGCUUUGAUGGAAAUGCUGCUACUCACUACCUGUCACAACAGCAACAGCAGCAGUUCAUCCAACACCACAGCCAGUUACAACAGAUACAGCAACUACAGCAGAUACAGCAAUACCAGCAACAUCAGAUACUGCAGUAUCAACAACAGCAACAGAUGUUAGAACAUAGACUACAAAGUGCCGCUCAGUCUUUACAGGCAACGCCCAACAGUACCAUUCACAGUCUACCACCAAUCAGUCACCCUCCCCUAGUGGAUCUGUGGGGGGCAGGAUUUACAGAGACCUACCAGGCUGAAGUAGGUGGGUACAUAGGCGUGGCUGCAGCCAUUGAUGGAAAUCUAACGACAACAUCAGAAGACAUAGGAACAGAACACUCACCUUUACUGGAAGCUCAAGAAGAAGAAGAGAUCAAGGAGGAAGAGGUAACGUUACGCAUGGAACCGGAACCAGUGACUUUAAUUCCCUCUCCAGUUGCACAGAGAGAGGAAGUGACCUCAGCAGGAGGAAGUAGUCCAGGACAAGUCCCUGGGGAAUCAUUUACAGAAUGGAAACCUUCUGAUGUCACACCGUCUAUUAAUGAAAUGCUGGAGGAAAAAGAGGAGGCGUCAGAAUCCUCUUCGGCCAGCACCACGGCAACAAAAUGAGUGUUAGGAGCAGGAACAAAACUGAUUUCGAUUGACAUUUAAUGCUACAUAAUCAACUGUUUGAAUUGAUCAGUUCCUUUUCAGAAAUAUCCCUCCUUGAUGGAUGGACCUUGCGUAACUUCAAAUACAAUAAGGAGAAAAAGACAGAAUUUUCGAACAGACGUUAAACUUCUGAAGAGGAGCACAUGAGGGAGAGAGAGCGAGAGAUGAUAAAAGAUAUACACAAAGGGUUUCGAAGAGAUGAGUUCAAAGGUUAAACAAAGGUUAAAUACAUGCAUGCUAUUUACAUGGAUGCUACUCAUUGUUUUGAGCAUAUAAUAAACCAUAAUAACAAAUCACCAAUAACACCGAUACCUUCAGCACAAAGAGGAUAGUGUGUAAUAAAAGUGACAGCACAUAAAUGUGGGGUACAGUGUAAAGUCAGUUGUAUUUCAAACAACAUCCUCUUUAUCCUUUAUGGAUAUCAUGUAUCAUUAUACAGUAUAAGUAAAACCGAUACUACAGAAAACCAAUUAUGAAAUGAAUUCGAACCCCAGUGGAGCUAAAACUUUCUUUUCCUUAUUGACACUUCAUCAUUUAUAAAUGUACAGAUAUUUGCUCACGUACACCCAGACCUCUUUUUAAAAUAUCAAGCAUCAAGUUGUGUCUUUGAUACAUUCAAAUAAUUCAGCUCAAAUGUAAUUUCUCACAAAAGCGAGCUGUUUAAUAAUACAAUUGACAGAGCUUUAUUUUCCUGUUUAUGACUUCAAUCUAGCCCUGUAUCUUAUUAAAGACACAAUCAUGUGAUGCAGUUUCGAAGCAACUCUCAGCUAACUUUGAGCAGAACCAAAUUUAAUAUCAUAAAAUAAUCAUCGAUUCUGUUAAUACUUUAUUAUGACAGUUGAUUGUGAGGGUUGUAAAAUGCACUCUUUCCCUCAGCCUGGAUUACACGGGGAAACUAUUCACUUCUGUUCACAAGGAAACUAAAGUUUUGUGUGCCAACCCAUCUGUUUAAUAAAUCUAAAAAGAUCUUAACUUAUUAAUGAUCACACAAAUAGCAAACACACUCACACACAUACACACACACACACUGUGCUGCAGAUGAUUCUGUUAUAGUGGGCUUCCUUCUCUGUGUCACCUGUGGCAUGCAUGCUAUAAUGUCAGUGUAAUAUGAUGUCCCAUGAAGCACUGUAUAGUUAUUUGCACUGAACCUUUCUACUUCGGCCUGGUCACUGAUAUAAACUCAGACUUUCACCGCAAGGCUGUGCUUGUCUGAAUGAGUACAUUGCAGAGUUGCACAGCCCUCUGGUACCAUUCUGAAUGGAAAAAUAAUCUGUCCCCCUCCCCCCUGAAUGCAGCUUUACAGGAUUUACUUUCACAAUACAACUGACAGAAAGUUCUUCUUUGUUCAGUGACUAUCCAUGUUCAUGAGACGUGUUGAACAAAAUCAACAUAAAAGGUUUCAAUUGAUGACAAUAUCUUUAGACAAGCAAUGGUGAGUGAGAUGGCUGAAAAAUGCUGCAUUACUAACAAAAAAGAAAAAUAAUUGAAGGAGUUUUUAUUUACAUGUAUGUAAAUAGUGCUAACCCUUUUCAGUUACUUAUUUAUUUUUAUACUAUGUGUCUUGAGUUCUAUUUGUAACACAACACAACACAACAUGACUUACUGCUGGAUAUUUCAAACCUGUAUUGUAUAACAGAUGUAAGGGAUUGUGCUUUAGACCAACAUAUGUAUAUAAAUCAACAAAACAUUGGCAUAUUAUCUGGAAACAUGUUCUAACAGAAUCUGGCUUCAGAAGAAAAAGGAAGUGACCUCAUGCUGAACUCAGGCCAAUAAGGAUGGACUAGGCAUCUUCCUGUUUGUCACAGUUACUGAUUACCACAGUGGCUAUGGCUGGAAACCCAUUACAUGCUGUGCGUUCAGUGCGCGUACGAGCGAAGCUAAAACAAGUCAUGGAAGAUAUAGUGGUCUUCUUCUUCGCUCCUUCUUGAUGGCUGUGAUCUAUCAAGCAGAACAAAAUGACAAAAACCAGGACCGCUGAACCUCCUGGCCAGUUUCAUGUUUCAGUUUAUUUAUUUCAUUGUUUUCUUGGAGAACACUUUAGUUCUAUUCUAAAGAUUAUGUGAAAGCCAAAUACAAUAAGACAAAAUCAUUUAUUGACUUGAAAGAAUUUAUUUAUUGAUGGAUUAUUUAUGCAAUGUUGGGACAAUGUUUAUUUUUGUACAGAAUUAUGUGCCCUCCCUCCAGUAUAUGAUAGAGCACAUAUCAUUCAUUUUUGCUGAGCUCCUGAGACAGGCAUGGAGACUGGAAACUUUGGAACUUUUCCUGAGCGAGUGUGUGCAUACUAGUUUGUACAUUGUUGUUGCAUUCUACUCAGUCUUUUGCUAAAGCUUGACUCAUAACGUUAUAUGCAGAUAAUACAAAUACAUUAAACACUCAUAAGAGCUAAUGUUUAUAAGGCUUUAAUUUUUGUCAGUGCUGCUUACAGAGUUCUUAUGAAGCUCGGCUGAGGGCUUCCAUUGUUGUCCAGUCUUAGUGCCUGGCAGGAAGGGAGCAUGAAGUUACUGAAAUGUGCUCAUUUAUUUAUUUAGGAAUUAUUUUGGGAGAGGACUUCUUAUUAAUUUAGCGAUGUAGACACGUUUGGUGGGAAUGGCAUCACUCUUCAUUAGGUUUCCUCUUAAUACCCUGCAACAUCAUCUUUUACCCAGUCGAUAUUUAAUCUUGUGAAGGAAAGAAGGAAGUGGGUUCAGCUGCAUAAUUUUGAACCGUUUAGGUGGGAAUUUAUUUUGAAAUCUCCAGAUCAAUAUGAGAAAUGUGUAAAUGUGUCUAACAGUCAAGGUGAAAUAUGGAGCAAAAUAAAUGUAGAGUAAUUUGGUCCAGCAUUUUCUUGUCUGGGCUGCAGGAUUGAUUACAAUAGAACAUGGGCCAUACGUUAUUUGGCAACAUCUUAUAAGAAUGAUUUGUGUUAUUUUUCAUUCUUAUUCAUGCAUUCAUGAAUUUCAGUUCAGCCAAGACAACAUACACACUCAAUUUGCAUAACACGGCUUAAUAUUUCUUCAGAAGAUCAGAGAGUGCUUCUAGCAAGCCAUCAAGAACAAAUUAUACCAAACUACAAAACAGGUCACAUCAUCAUUAUAACCAGAAGAGUAAUGUCAUUUCCUGUUAGGUAUUUUGUUUCUUCAUAUGUAAGAUAAAAAAAAAUAUGAAUGAAUAUAGUAAUAAUCACAAACCAAAUGUAUUUCUUUGGUUAUUACAAUUUGUGACUGCAGAUUGUUUGUGAUUUUAAGACGUUUUUGUAUGACUCUACUGCCAUCUUUCAAUAUAACACAACAUAAUGGGCAUGACUAUAAUCACUUUUGUUUAUAUUUUCUCCGUUUAUUUGUUGGUCACUAUCCGUUUCUCAGAUUCUGUCUCUUUUUGCUUGGUUUUCAUUUUAAUGGAGGAAUCAUGACACAAAAUGGUCAUCAUCUACAGGGUUUUUUGUUCAGAUAUUUUGUUCAAGCUAUGUAAAGGUUUAACCUUUUGUUAGAAAUGUGAUCCAAAUAUGUUCUAAACAUACAGACAUGAAUUCAUUUGGAUUUUAUUUGGAUAUAGACUUAUUUCAAUAAGUGUAAGUGGGAAUUCGAUCUGUGAUGCCUAUAUCUAUGCAUGCUUGUCUGAAGGGUCUAAUGACAUGGUUCUUCCAGUGUGCUUUCACUUCUCUCUCCCUGUCUCUGUCUCGUGCGCUCUCCUUCUUAUUCCUGCACGAGAUUAAAAAAAAAAAACCCUAGCCAUAGACAAAUACCCCAUCUACC